CACAGUCAAAAUGAAAUAUUUAGUCGCCGUAGCCGUUGUCGUGUGCUUUGCACAAGUUUACUCUCAAAUGCCUGAGGCUGAGAAAGAAAAAACCUUAGCUUGUGCCUUACAUAAAGGACCCUGUACCAAGGAAGAACAGGAAAUUAAGGAUGAUGUCAAACUGCUUUUGGACAACCAUUGCGAAAAAUGCACCAAGGAACAAAUCCAUAUGAUUGAAGAGUUUUUGGAAUACGUUAUUGCCAGGCCUUCUGAUUGGGAUGAAUUGGUGAAAAUUUACAAAUUGACCAAAGAACAGAAAGAACAUUUGGAAGAUAUUGCCGAUCGUGGUCAUGAGGCGGCUCACGAGCACCUUCAUUAAAUCCAUACUUUUUGUUGAGUAUUUUAUAAUUCGAGAUUUUGCCCUAUUAUGUAUAGCAGACAUUUAAGUAAAUAG